UUCAGUUUUAUUUCCCUUCUAUUUUUCUCCUCUUAUAUCUCUCCCUAUCUGUUUUACAGACAGUAUUUCGAUUGGAAAUUCCCAUUUCUGAGGCCCUCCCGGCCAGCAAAACCAACCAGAAAAAGGAAUUUUUUCCUUCUAAGCUGUGAAUAAAAGAUGGCAGAACCAGAGGAUAUUCAACCGCUCGUCUGUGACAAUGGAACAGGAAUGGUUAAGGCAGGGUUUGCUGGAGAUGAUGCUCCCAGGGCUGUUUUCCCUAGUAUUGUUGGCCGCCCACGUCACACAGGUGUUAUGGUUGGCAUGGGCCAGAAGGAUGCAUAUGUUGGGGAUGAAGCUCAAUCAAAGCGUGGUAUCUUAUCACUGAAAUACCCAAUUGAGCAUGGUAUUGUGAGCAAUUGGGAUGACAUGGAGAAGAUUUGGCAUCACACUUUCUAUAAUGAGCUUCGUGUUGCCCCAGAGGAGCACCCAGUUCUACUCACUGAAGCACCUCUCAACCCAAAAGCUAACCGUGAGAAGAUGACCCAAAUCAUGUUUGAGACAUUUAAUGCUCCUGCCAUGUAUGUUGCCAUUCAAGCUGUCCUGUCUCUCUACGCCAGUGGUCGUACAACUGGAAUUGUCUUGGAUUCUGGAGACGGUGUCAGUCACACUGUUCCUAUCUAUGAAGGAUAUGCUCUCCCUCAUGCCAUUUUACGUCUUGACUUAGCUGGUCGUGACCUCACUGAGUAUCUUGUCAAAAUCUUGACAGAGCGUGGCUACUCCUUCACUACCUCAGCUGAGCGUGAAAUUGUUAGGGAUGUGAAGGAGAAACUGUCAUACAUUGCUCUUGAUUUUGAGCAGGAGUUAGAAGCUGCAAAGACCAGCUCUUCUAUUGAGAAAAACUAUGAGUUGCCAGAUGGACAGGUGAUCACCAUUGGGAAUGAGCGUUUCCGAUGCCCAGAAGUCCUUUUCCAGCCUUCAUUGAUUGGAAUGGAAGCUGCAGGCAUCCAUGAAACCACAUAUAAUUCAAUCAUGAAAUGUGAUGUCGAUAUUAGGAAGGAUCUCUAUGGGAACAUUGUACUCAGUGGUGGUACAACAAUGUUCCCGGGUAUUGCUGACAGAAUGAGCAAGGAAAUCACUGCUCUGGCCCCAAGUAGCAUGAAAAUUAAAGUGGUGGCUCCACCUGAGAGGAAGUAUAGUGUGUGGAUUGGAGGCUCCAUUUUGGCAUCUCUAAGCACCUUCCAGCAGAUGUGGAUAGCAAAAUCCGAGUAUGAUGAAGCUGGUCCUUCCAUCGUGCACAGGAAAUGCUUCUAAUAAGUUGGAAUUGAAAUGUGCAAGAUUUCUGACAUUCGUUGUUUUGAACAUGAACUUGCUGCCUGCAAGCUCUUGUCAAUUCCACUGUCAUUUUGUUUCAAGAGCAAUAAGUAAGAAACUAGUGUAGAAAAGUGCAGAAAAUAAAGAUCUUGUAAUGUUGCUUUUUCGCGUGGCUUGUGUACACAUUUUCCUUGAUGCUAAUAUAAACCGCUUAUAUCUUUUCUGUUAA